AUGUUUGCAGCACGUCUUCUCGCAGUCGCUGGUGCGCUCAGUCCUGCUCUUGUUGCCGCCCAAGAAAACUUGGCUGAGCGUGCUGUUGACUGUGUCUUCUCUAUUGCCCCUAGCAGAGGCGCGACAUGCCAGAGUUUCGCUUCCGCCUGGGGCAUAUCAGUCGAGACGCUCCAGAAGCUGAACCCAGGUAUCACCUGCCCCCAGCUGGACGACCAGCAGAACUACUGCGUGAUCGGCACGGCCGACGAGCCACCAAAACCUACAACAAGCAGCACUUCCACCACUGCCAAGCCGUCAGAGCCGACACCAUCGCCGACCAUGCCAGGUCUUGCAUCCAACUGUGACGCCUUCCACAAGGUUGCCUCGGGUGACAACUGUGCCGCCAUUGCUACCAAGUAUGGCAUAUCUGGUGCUCAGUUCUCGAGCUGGAACUCGGAGAUCGACAAGGACUGCACAAACCUUUGGCUUGGCUACUACGUCUGCGUCCAUGUCGCCGGCGCCUCGACGGGCGUACCUACGCCGACCAGUCUUCCGCCACAGCCUACAGGCACAGGCCCAGAGCCCCAAAUGCCAGGCAUUAUUUCUGGCUGCAAGAAGUUCCACCAAGUCAAGUCUGGCGACAGCUGCUGGUCCAUCUUCAGCGGUGCGGGCAUUACGUUUGACCAGUUCCUGGAGUACAACACUGAGAUUGACUCGGGCUGUGGGAACCUCUGGUUGGGAUACUAUGUCUGCACUGGUGUUUGAAGCGAUAUGUGAGCUUUUAACUCCUGCUGAAGUUAAGGUUCAUUGGCUGCAGAAUUGGUCAAUCAUGUCAGUGGAAUCUAGAGUCGUG